AUGAUAAUAAUGAGCAACAAAUGCCCUCCUUCAUUCCAGAGGAAUUUCAUAAGCUCAUGGAACUUGCUAAUUCUACAUCAACUAAUUCUUCUACCUAGAAUAAUACUCGACCAGCUGUCAACCUUUCCUCUACAUCUCAUUUCUCUGAUCUUCCUUGCCUUUGCUCAAUCUUCAUCUUCAAGUGAAAACUCGUCUCCUUUAGCUCAAUCUAUUCCAUCUCCAUCAUCAACAAAUAACCAUUCUUCUUGUGAUUCAUCCACACGAAUUGAUCGGGUCAUACCUCCUUCAGCAGAUCCUCCACCAUUCAGAAAAUCAAAUAGGCUUCGACAAACACCAGUUCAUUUGCAUGAUUAUUACUGUGGAUCCACAACCCUUCAUUCUAUUUUGAUCUGCCAACAAAUUCUAGAUUAUUCUGUUUUCUCGCUCUUAACAAGGAAGCAUAAGAAAAUGGACGAAGCAGAGGCAUCAGCUUACUGGUGUCACGCGUGUUUACAGACGGUGAGUCCUGUAGUGGAUUUCGAGACAAUAAAUUGCCCGAUUUGUCAAAGUGGAUUCAUAGAAGAAAUGGCAUCUGCCAAUGCGCCAAGAAAUGAUGAUUUUGGACAUGGAGGGUCUGAUUCUGACCGUACCCUCUCCCUCUGGGCGCCAAUCCUGCUUGGUAUGAUGAGUAAUCCUCGUCACCACCAUCGCAGUCGAUUCAGGCGCAUGGAGUUUGAGGAUGAUGAUGAUGGCGACGACUACGAAGAUGGCAACGAUAACAAUAACAGUCAACGUGAGGGGGAUAUAGAGCUGGAUCCUGAAUUAGAUUCCCUAACAAGGAGAAGAAGUUCAGCUACUAUUCUCCAGCUCCUCCAUGGCAUUCGAAAUAGAAUGCUAUCUGAGUUGGGAAAUUCUGAGAGGGAUCUAAGAGACACAGAUAGAGAUGAUAAUAGGGAUGGAGAGAGUGUGAUUUUGAUUAAUCCAUUUAACCAAACUAUUGUUGUUCAAGGUUCUCAUGACUCCAAUAUUGAUUCCCUGAAUCGUGCACCAAUUGGCUCGCUGGGUGAUUAUUACAUAGGUCCUGGUUUAGAAUUAUUGCUACAGCAUUUGGCAGAGAAUGAUCCUAUCAGGUAUGGAACACCACCUGCUAAGAAAGAAGAAGUUGAAGCAUUGCCUACUAUUAAAAUUGAGGAGACAUUGCAGUGUUCCGUUUGUUUGGAAGACUUUGAGAUGGGGGCUGAAGCAAAAGAAAUGCCUUGUAAGCACAAGUUCCAUACUGGGUGUAUUCUGCCAUGGCUCAAGCUUCACAGCUCUUGUCCUGUCUGUAGAUAUCAGUUAGCUUCCGAUGAAUCUAAGCUUGAUUCAGCUGGGUCAAGAAACAACAUUAAUAUCAUCAACGCUGAUAACAACAGUGGUAACCUUAAUCGUGGUGGCAGGGAUGAAACAAAUGAAGAGAGAAGACGUUUUUCAGUAUCCCUUUCAUGGCCUUUUAGUACUUUAUUUUCCUCUUCCACUUCACAAUCUAGCAGUGGAAGUUCAUCCUCAACAUCUCGAUCAGGGUCAUCAACAAAUGCACCUUCGACCACCUCAAAUACACCAGAUGACAACUAA